AUGGCCGUAUCUCACACCACUUUCUCUGGUUUGAGGACAGAAAUGGGCAUCUUGCAAACCAACCAGUACUUGCACUCCCAGCUGGAAAAAAGCAAACAGGACUUUCGAGACCUCACAGAGAAACUGCUCACGUCCCAAGCUACUGUUUACUCCCUGGCCAACCAGCUGCAGAAAUACAAGUGUGAAGAGUACAAGGACCUCAUUGAAUCUGUGCUGGAGGAGGAAAUGCCCUUUGAGGAGGGGAAGCUGGCAGAGAAGAGGAGACUGGCUACACGGCUUGGGAGAUAUGAUCCCCUCAUUGAGGCUCAGGCCCAAGAACUGACCUGCUUACGACAGAAGAUACAUGAAGGGAAAGGUGUCUGCCAUCUAUUCACACAGCAUGCAAAGAACACAAUUAAGACUUUUGAGAGUUUCCUCAAGAGCACUGGCAUGACCUACUACCAGAGACAGAGAUACUGUGAGCUCCUGGCCCAAGGAAGCCAGCUGGCAGAGAGACUUGCCCGCAAACUCUCCACUG